CAGUCGGGUUUCAAUUAUGGCAGGUCCAGAAUCUGACAAUCAGUAUCAAUUCACUGGUUUUAAGAAAUACUUCAAUUCAUACACUCUUAAUGGCAGAAAGAAUUAUGUGCUGGUCACUUAUGGAGGAAUCGCAUUGCUCAUACUUUACUUCAAGACAAGGUCUAAAAAAACUCCAGCUGUGAAAGCAACAUAAAUGGAGUCCAGUAUGUGUGUGUGUAUGUAUGUGUAUACUUUGUCCAUCAUCAAGUUCCCUGGCUGGAGGACCUGCUGUCAACUUAGCAUGUAAUCUAUAGUUCUUGAAAUAAAACAUGAACUCAGAAAAAAAAAAAA